UUCACUCCCCUCAGCUUCCUUAGGAUUUUGUUUCUCAGGGAUGGCCGCAUCUAUUCUGGAGGUAGGGAAUGUAAUUGAAGACACACGCUAUGGCUCCAGUCCUCUGGCUAUGUUAACGGCUACCUGUAACAAGUUUGGCAGCACAAGCCCCAUCAGGGAUUCGGCUACACCCGGUAAGAUAGGCAGCGCUAUUCCAGUAAAGAAGCUCUACACCAUGACCUCUGACCUUCAGACAGCUAAGAACGGACGGACCGCAGACGGCAGUGGCCUGGCAGACUCCUACACUGGCUCCUUCACCACAGCCGGAGGAGGAGGUGGCGGGCUGCUCACCCCCAAUGGAAGCCCCCCUUCUUCCGCCGGAGGCUACUCGACAGAAUAUAACCCUUUCUCCCACUCCUUCCAAACCUCCAUCUCCCAGGACCCGUCUCUGUUAGUGUCCAAGGGCCACGCUACCGCUGACUGCCUCACCAGUGUCUACACCUCGCUGGAUAUGACACACCCCUAUGGCUCCUGGUAUAAAGCCGGUAUCCACCCCGGCAUUACUGCCGCCCCGGCUAACGCCACGUCCUCCUGGUGGGACGUCCACCCCAACUCCAACUGGCUGUCCUCAACCCAGCCCCAGGCGGACGGAGGUCUCCAAGCCUCCCUGCAGCCUGUGGCACCACAGGCCUCCCUGAGUCCACAGUUGCCGUACAGCACCGACUUUACGCCACUCAACACGGCCCCUUACCCUUCCGUGGGGCUGGGCUCCUCCUCACACCUCCUCCAGCCCUCUCAGCACAUGCUGCCCCAGGACAUGUACAAGCCCAAGCCGAGCGCGGGGCUGAUUGAGAGUCCCAUGGGCCUCAAGCCUGCUCGGGGAUCAGGGGGCUACAGCGGAGGGGGCGCGCCCACCAGGUCCUCAUGCGACUGCCCCAACUGCCAGGAGCUGGAGAGGCUGGGGGCCUCGGCUGCAUCCCUGAGGAAGAAGCCAGUGCACAGCUGUCACAUCCCCGGCUGUGGGAAAGUCUACGGCAAAGCGUCCCACCUCAAAGCCCACCUGCGCUGGCACACUGGCGAGCGACCCUUUGUUUGCAACUGGCUGUUCUGCGGGAAGCGUUUCACCCGCUCGGACGAACUGGAGAGGCACGUGCGCACCCACACGCGGGAGAAGAAGUUCACCUGCCUGCUGUGCAACAAGCGGUUCACACGCAGCGACCACCUCUCCAAGCACCAGAAGACCCACGCAGAUUCUGCAAUGCAGGGCAAAGCUGUGGAGGGAGAGACAGAUCCUCGCGGUGAGGAGACCACAGAGCUCAACGCCAGCGCCGCGCCCUCCAAUCCCGUCGCUGACCAAAUCACCAACGGAGAUGAGAAGACCGGCACGCCUAAUGGAGUGGCGAACAGCAGUGGACUGCUGGAGAUCUGACUUCAAUGAGUCUUCUUUCUAGUACCAUUUGAGACAUGAUGGGUUGGUUUCUUAUGGUGGAAAAAUUCACCUUUUCAAUAAAAAAAGACAGCUUAUUAGUUUCAAGACAUACAAAGGAUAUCAGCUCAUGUUUGGAAAGACUUGAUAUGAUAAAUGACUGAGCAUGUUGCGGGUGGCGAUCACUUCAUUCUCUCUGGACCACACACACACAAACAUGAACCAAUGCACACAUGUACAGGAAGACACAAAUACACACAUCAAUAUGAAAAACCAAGGCACGGUGUGUAUUGAAACAAUUAUAACACACGUAUAUGCAAAUACAAAAGCACAGACAUAAUGCGUGCAAAUGUGUACAUACACACAUACACACACGUAUCCAUUUUCGGCCUUUAAAAUGAGGCAAACCACUGUGGAAAUUUAAUCUGCAAAAGCAGAAGGAAAAGAGCUCUGAAGCCGCAAAAGGAAAGUCGUUUUAGAAGGAGACUUAUGGUUAGGAUGAUGGAGUUGAUGGAGCAUUGCAUGCCUAAAGAAAAAUCAGAUUUACAGCCGUACUUUGAUAUUUAUGCAUUAUUCUUGGAACAAUUAAAAAGGACAGUCUUAAUUAACUGCUUCUUGUUUCCAAAGACUUUUUGAUGGAAAGGGCUUUGUAUUGCAUUUUUGUUUGCUGUUUACAUCUUACGAUGUCUAAUUUAACUUCAUAUUUACAUAAAUACUCUAAUUUAUGUCAUAAAUUAUCCACAUGGGAGAUUAUCUUGCACCCUGCAGGAAAUAUAAUGCCUGAAUAAACGCAAGAUGGUUAAAGUUGGCCAACAAGAAAGUAAAAUGCAUUAAAUUAAGACUUUUUUCUUAUUUAUUAGUUAUAACGUGGAGUUUGGGACUAUGUUUUUAAAGAUUUAUUUAUAGAUCUUGACAUUAGAUGUGCGUGUUAACUAUUUCUAUAUAACCUUUUAAUUGUGAAAUCUUCCACACCUUACGAAGUAAUGAUUAAUAAGGGCUUCUCCUUGUUUGUACAUACUAUAUAUUUUCAACAAUAUAUAGAUAUUGUAAGGUGUGUUAUUUUUCUACUUUCUAUUAUGUAUUUUCUAUGUUUUAUGUAACUUUCCACGAUGAAAAAUAUCACUAUGUUGCAUCAGUAUAAAGAAUACUAUAAAGUAUAAGGAGCAUAAAUUGUUGUUCAUAAUUUUGCUCAUAGAAAUUCAACUAUCACUGUUUGCUGACUUGUUGUGAAUUGAGUGUAUAAGAUUCUGUAAAUAGUGAUAAAGCAUUAAACCUCAUAAAGGUUGACAUGUUGUAAAAGUGGUGGUGUGAAAUCAUGACAAUGUUGGUGCUUUCAAAAGUAAAGACAUUUCAAAAGCAUGAUCUCCACUGGUGUUAUUCAUAUUUGUAAAGGUGUUUUAAAGAGAGCUUGAGAAGCUCUCUGAGAAUAAAGCUCCCUCCUACACACCUCA